GCCUCCCCUAACAGCUCUGCCUGGGGCUGUUCCCUAGCCUAGCUAGCCUAAACCAAUAUAGAUGGGUUAGCUGACAACGUCAAAUUAUGUGCACGCUUCAAUGGGGAAGAAGUCUGUAUUGCUGUGAUUCUGGAUGGACAGAUAGCAACAAUGACAAGAAACUGCCAUGUGGGGAAUUCUGCAUCUGCGCAGGCGCAGGCAGAGGAGCGGCGCAGCCUAGCAGGGAACAGCCCAGUGCCUGUAUCCCCUGCAACAGCAAACACACCAUCCAACACCACUGCAGCGAAGUCUCCCCGGCCAGUCAUUGAUGGUGCUGCACUAAGGAUAGACGACCGGCUUCGAGUGGCAAAAGAGAGACGAGAGGAGGCCGAUAGGCAGCAAGCUGCGAAGGACUCUCAGAUCCUGGAGAGAGAGCAUAAGGCCAAGCUGCAGGUGGCGCGUCAGAUGGAGGAGCGCCAGAAGAAGCUGGACGAGCAGCGCAGGAAGGAGGAGCAGAGACGCUCGGCUGUGGAGGAGAAAAGGAAGCAGAAACAGGAGGAAGAGAAGGAGCACUAUGAGGCGGUGAUGCGGCGGACCCUGGAGCGCAGCCAGAGAGUGGAGCAGAGGCAGAAGAGGUGGUCUUGGGGAGGACUCUCAGAAUCAGACAACCGAUCCGGAGACCCUGACGCAGGCGCCGCCUCUCCAGUAGCUAUAGUAAUCUCCCCCGCGUCUCCAGAAAAGCCCCCCAGGACACAAAGUGCAGUUGACAAGCGCUCCACUUCCACCAUGAACCUGAAACAGCUGUCUGAGGCUGGCAUUAACAAGCGCCUGUCCUCCUCCUCCGCCACCCUCAUCAACUCUCCCGACAAAAGUGCUCGUGUGAGGAGUUCAUCAUUGAACCGGUUGCCUAGAAACGACAAAAUCGACCUAUACACUCAGCCCAAUAAGGAAGGCAGGAAAAAGCUUCAGGUGGAACAGACAGGACCCUCCCUGAAGAAGAGAAGCUCCUCCCUUACACGAGCGGGAGGGGGCAGAAUGCAAACCCCCUCCAAGCUCGACAAGGGGACGACGGACGACCAAGCUCGCAAGCCCCUGGCGAGCCCCGUGGACGGAGGGUUCCUCAGUCGCCUGCUCACCCCCACCCAGGCCUCACUAGCUAGGAGCAAGAGCACCGCUGCCCUGUCGGCCGAAGGAGGCGAUGCCCCAGAGUGUCACCUGUGUCCUCGCUCAGCCUCGGCCAGCCCCCUGCACCCGGUGCAGCGAGGACCCCUGCGCAGCCGCAGUAUCGACCGGCAGAAGAGCGCCGCCUCGGCAGACCAAGUGGACCCCUCACUGAAGGAGAAAAGGUUCUCGUCGCCCGGAGGGAAACGUCCCGCCUCGCCCUCCAACAUCGCAGGACGCCACCGCUCGCCCUCCCCCGCCCCCCUCUCAGCGAGCAAGAGAACCCCCUCCCCAAGUGCAAAGGCAAGCCCACGUAACCGUCCCCCGUCACCUGGGGGUAUCAAACAUCGCCCCUCAUCUCCUCAGUUUAGCUCGGCCAAGCCCCCGUCCCCCCAGCCUACCUCGGCCAAACCUCCACCCAUCCAGAGACCGGCCCUCACCCCCACUGGCCCCCCAACCCUGCGGAAGAGGGACUCCAAGCCGAAGGACCUGUGUCCCGUCCAGCCUGUGGCGCCCCAGUCCCCAGAGGCUCCCCAGACCAGCACAACACCCACCCCUACUCAUAUCACCUCCAGUAAGACCAAAGACAAGGACGACAAGUCCAUGGCGGGCACCAACUCGGCUGCAGAGGCUGCCAUGAUCCUGGCCGAGAACCGUCGUCUGGCGAGGGAGAAGAAGGAGAGGGAGGAGGCACUCCGAGUUCUGAGAGAGGAGGAGGAGAAGCUCAGGAAGGAGGAGGAGAAACGCUUGGCUGAGGAGGCUCGGUUGAAAUGCCUGGAGGAGGAGAAGAGGCUGGCGGAGGAGAGGAAGAAGAAAGAGGAGGAGGACGCUCUUAUGGCGGAGGCAGACAGAGAAAGACUGGAGGUAGAGGAGGCCGUGAGACAGGCUGAGCUACAGAAAGAGCGUGAAGAGGCGGAGGCACAGGCUACAAUUGAGGCAGAGAAGGUCCGCAUUGAGAGAGAGAGGGUCAUGGCCCAGAACCAUAAGGAACGCAUGGAGAGGAAGAAGCGAAUUGAGGAGAUCAUGAAGAGAACCAGAAAAGGGGACCUAGAAAAAAGAGAUUAUGAUGAGAAAGACAUGCAGGAUGAGGAGGGAGACGAGGCGGGUGACGAAGAAACCAAGGAUGACGAGUCAGCCCAGACCGGAGAUGUCGCCAUGGAGACGGACUGCAUGGACGAGGGGCAUGGCCUGACCCGCAGCGAGCCAAUGGGAGAGCGUAGGGAGCCGCUGGGCAGCGUGAACUGGAAGCCAGAGGCGGACGACAAGGAGAACAACAACGGAACCAGCGCUGAGGAGCCCCUGGCUGUUAAUCCAGUGCCUAAGGGUCGCCUGGUAGAAGGCUCAGAGUUCCUGAACGAGGACUCUAACAAGCUGGCCCCGGGGCUCAACGGUAAGCCUGGCCCCUGGAGCUUCGAGGACCUCAUUGACCUGGGUGUCAACUCCAAGGGCCGGCCCCUCAUCGACGCAGAGGGCCGCAACCAGGGCCUCAUCGACUGUGACGGGGGUCCCGAGGGGCCCAGGGUGGCCUUUGAGGACAAGGGGAUCCCCAUGGCCACCCUCCACCCCUCCAGUCAGCCUAUCGAAGCACUGUCAGAGAUGUGAGGCUGCAGCUCUCCCUUCAGAGGCCUGUUAAUAUUGCACUCCUGGAGUUCCUGUCCAGCUGACCCCCCUCCACACAUACACACACUUACACACACCCCGCCCAGCCUUCUUGUCUGGACAACCUCAGCCAGAGGAAGAGCAUGGGGGACACAUCCAGAACGCAAGCUUUGCACCCCCCACCACAAGAAAAAAAACAUAACAAAGAAACGAUGCUUCAGGGAAAAUCUAAAUUUUCCUUCAAUGUGCUCGCUUUAAGGUCUCAUCUUUAGCCUCCCAUACUUACCAUUUCACUUGGUUCUUUUUUGUUUUGUUCACACUUGAUGUUUUGUAGGUGUUGGGGCAGGGGGUGUGACGUAAUUUAUAAAUUUGGGCUUCUUUGUGAUAUGUAAUUACUGUUAUCUCAUGUCUAUUUUUUGGGGGUUACUCUGGUUUGAGAAUAUUCCAGGAUGCACGUGCACUCGGCUAUAUGAUGGUUAAGACUUCACUACUUCUCAUGUCAGGAAACUUGAGUUCCCCCCCCGAGAUGUGAUCAAACACAUUUUGAUUGGUGGGGAGUGGGCUGGGUACUGUAGUCUAUCAGGGUCUGCCUAAAGGGGCGUCUCCAGUGAGUAGUCUGAGACUGAGGGAGCACUUACACAAACCGGUUACGACCUACUGUGUGCCCAAGCUGUGAACAGCACUAUGUAACUGUAAUCCCAUCCUACCCAAAUUGUACUCUGACCGAGAAUUCUGGAUUUGUUUGGCAGGCUGCUUUUCCCAACUCUCUAGACCCUAUUCUUCUAUGGUUUACCCCUCUCCCUGUGCCCCGAAGGGCUGGUCAGAGCCCCUCCACCUCCCUCGCCUUCUCCCACCUCCCUCACUUCUACUCUUCUUAGGGCCACUAGGGGGCACUUAUGUCUACAAAUCAAACUGAUUGUUUUAUGAAAUGACUCUUGACUAUUGCUUUGUCUUUACAAACUGAAGGAUAUAGGAAUUCCCCAAAAAGCUGGUGAUUUUGUGAAUAUUUUUUCAGUGAAGUUUAAUUGUUGCUGUUAAUUUUCAGUUCCUGGUUUUUAGGUUUAUCCUAAUAUUUUGACAUGUCGUUACGGUUUUACAUGUAUGUAUAUAGACUUAAUUGUUAGCUAACUCGUAUCAAAUUCUAAUUUAAUUGCAUCCUGAGCGCUGAGGUAUAACUUGACCCCCAGCAAUGACUGCAUGAAUCUAUACUCUUACCAUAUGAAUGACUAUAGCCCAUAACGGAUUAACUCGUCUGACUGCAAUUAACCAACAUACACAAGGUCCAUCAGCUUCAUUUUAGAAUUUCAUCAGAGUUUUCUCUGAAGGGGUUGUGUGUACAGUACUAGUCCAGAAACUGAACUUGAAAGGUUUGAAGUUCUCACAACGCCCAAAGUAUAGGGCUGAAACAACAGUUCUGUCAGGCAUCUCAGAGCAGUUUUGACCCGGCAGUAGAUGUACGCAGUCUGUGUAGCUCGUUCCGUUCUAAUUCCAUUUCUUCUCUACUAAGGCCCUAUGAUCUCCAACACACUAGCUAAUGCUUUUAUACUUCAUCCCGGCAAAAAAAAAACACAUUUCAGUUAUUUUUUUAUAGUGUAUAAUUUGGAUGUCUGUUUAUAUGAAAAUAUAUUUCUACAUAUUUAAGUGUUAUUGUACUGUGUGUGUAUAUAAUCAGUGUUAGGCCGAUGUGGGUGGGGUGGUGUAGUGGGAAUGGAUGUUAAUAGUCUCGUUAUCUGUUACUGUAUUUUAGUUUGGGUUCUGUUUGACUCGUGCCCUUUGGCAGGGUAGUCAGUGCUGUUGCCCUACGCACUGUUCCAAGUCAAGCCCUAGUCCCUACCCUCUAGAUACUAGAUUGGAUCGGUGUAAGCAAUCUGGCAACAAUUCUACAAGGUGACGCUAUUAUAUUGCUUAUACCUAUCAAGUACUUACAGAUCACCUCAAGUACAAAGGGAUAGGGGCUAAGGGUUUGUGUGGAAUUGAGUUAGGUUUGUUUGGGGGGGUUACCCUGGGCGCUAAUAGGAAACCCUCUUCUCCAGUACUCUACAAGCCCUAGGGGACGGAACAUGGGUGUGUAUGUUGAUUGGGAGCAUUUUUGUGAGGGUUUGAAAGGUUCUGCUUUUCAUCCCCCACCCACCUCAGACAAUUGCCUUUGUUCCCAACUGAGGAGUGGGAGAAUGUUUCAGGGCUUUUUAACAUGGUGUGAAAGGUUGCAGGGAUGGUGUUUUUGAAGGUUGUAAUAGAAAAGUUAACAUGGACUCUGACCACUGCGCCACACACCUCUUUGUAACAGCAGUGUGACUGAGUCUACCACUGAAGGAUGGAGACGGGAACAAUGUGAUUUGGUCAGUCUUGUGCGUGUCUCGUUUGUUUAUUUUUUUAAAAGCUGUAUCGAGAAGCUUUAAUUCCCUAUGCUUGAAUCGUCCAAACAGAGGUUUGGGGACCUUAUUUUUUGCCUCAUAAGCCUGUUGGCUGAUUGUUGUGCUAAUAAACCAGAAGGUUUCUCUGAAAUGGCUUUAUAUUAAACAGUAUGUCUAGAGUUGGAGGGCCAUGAGCUUAGCUUUGACUUAUAGGCUUAAAGAAUGUAACUUUGACUAAACAAACAAUCCCUUAAUCGUUUAACAUGCAUCUCUCUGUCAGGAGAAACUGUUUUUAGUUAUUAUUCUUCACAAUAUGAUACGCUUUGCACUGGGAGGUUUUCCACUUUUUAAAAGGCUUGAAAAGCUUUCUGAAAUGAAUUACAUUUGUAGAUUGGGGUGACUUAACUUCACUGUAUAGUCCUGAGGAGGGUUUGGUAUUCUUGAAGGAAAUACAUUUUCUCUAUCCUCUCCUGUCUCUUCCCAUCCAGGCUUUUUAUGAACUUCCCUCCUUGACUUGGCAAACCUUCAUCUAUUCAAAGUGCAGGGUAUUGCUGUAGAUGUGUUCAAUAUGAAACCCAUGGUGGUUCCGUGGUCAGCGCUACAUGUGCUUAGGUAAUGGCAGUGGCACAUCCAGUCAAAGAGCCAAUACAUGGCAGUCCUGAUCUAUUACUAAUAAACAGGACUUGGACAUUUAUAAAAAAAAUGUAAUCCCUUUCUGCAUCUGUGGUCUUGAAUACGGAGCUAACUGUUCUUAACGAUUUCAUGACAGUCAGUUGCAAUGACGGUAGGAUAGAAUGGUGCCUUAUUAUAGCAAAUCUAACUAAUAAAACGCGUCACAUGUCCUUACCUUGGCCAUGACAAUCAUUCUACCUGACCAGGGCUACAGUGAAUAUGAAUUGGUUUCUGGAGGCUUUUCAGACCCUAACCCAAGCCCUGUCCACAAAUUAUAUUUGUAAAUAUAUCUAAAAUGUACUGAGAGGAUAUGAACUGUUAAAUAAAGUUUUGCAAAAUAA